ACAACAACAAGUCAUCAAAUAAAGUGGGAUUCCAAUUGAGGAGAAAAAUUUAAAAAACCCUUCAAUUUAUAAAUUUUGAGAAGAUACUACUCCAUGUUAGAAUUGACUCCUUUUAUCAUCCAUAAUUCCAAAAUCCAACAGUGUUUCAAUCAAAAAACAGGAAUCCCAAAUCUCAAAUGAAAUCAUACUCGAAUAUAAUGCAUACCAUGUGUUCGACUAAAUGCCUCAAUGAAGGUCCCACUUUCCACCACCCUCUUCACCAUCAUUCUCCACCUUCACCAUUUCCCUCCACCUUUUCUUCACAAUAAAUUAAUCAAAUUUUCCACCCCCUUUUUUUCAUUUCAAUCAAAUUUUUGAUUUUUAAAUUUCCCAUUUUCAAAAAGAAAAAAUAAAAAACACCCAAGAUUUGAUUUUUAUUUAUUUGGGGUGUUCCCUUUCAGGGAGGCAACAGUAUGCCAACUCCGGUGAACACAGCAAAGCAAUGUCUUAAUACUGAAGCUUCCCACGCGCUUGAUAAGGCAGUGUUAGUUACGCGCCGCCGUGGGCAUGCUCAAACGACGUCGCUUCAUGCUGUUUACGCCUUUCUUUCUCUAUCACCUUCCCAACUCCGGGAAGCCUGUGUAAGAGCAAAAAACGCUGCGUUUUACCCUAAAGUUCAGUUGAAAGCUUUGGACUUUUGCCUUUCUGUGUCAUUAGAUAGGUUACCCAUCUCACAACCUAGUGUUGAUGAACCCAAAAUUUCAAAUUCUUUGAUGGCUGCAAUCAAACGAUCACAAGCUAAUCAGAGGAGACACCCUGAUAGCUUAAUGACCGUUAAAAAUCAUCAAGAACAGUUAGGGAGUUGUUCAUCUGGGGUUGUUAAAGUGGAGUUGCCACACUUGAUUAUAUCAAUUCUUGAUGAUCCAAUUGUUAGUAGGGUGUUUAGUGAUGCAGGGUUUUGUAGUUUUGAUGUAAAGUUGGCUCUUUUGAGGCCAUUACAGGGUUAUUUUAGGUACCCGCCAAGUGUUUUUGGUGGGUUUUCGGAGCCGGGUAGUUGUCGAUUUCGGUUUCCGUUUUCGGGUUUUGGGGAUGAAGAGGGUGAUUAUAGGAGAAUUGGGGAGGUUCUUGUAAGGCAUAAGGGUAGAAAUCCAUUGCUUGUUGGGGUUUGUGCAAAUGAUGUUCUUAAGGGUUUUGUAGAGGUUUUAGAGAAAAGAAGGGAGAGUGGUUAUUUGCCUUUAGAGAUACAUGGGAUCAAAGUGGUUUCAAUUGAGAAAGAUGUGUCGAAAAUUGUGACCGAGAGUUGGAGUUAUGAGGCUGUGAAUUUGAGAUUUAGGGAAAUGGAUUUGAUGGUGCAACAAUGCUUGGGGCCUGGGUUGAUGGUUAGUUUUGGUAAUGUCAAGUGUUUUCUUGGAGGUAAUAAUGAAUAUGUGAAGGAUGUGAUAAAUAGUGUUGUUAAAAGAUUGACUAAGCUAUUAGAGGUUCAUGAUACCAAAAUAUGGCUAAUUGGUUCUGCUGCAAAUGAUCAGAUGUGUAUGGAGUUCUUACGUAGAUUUCCAUCUAUAGACAAGGACUGGGAUUUGCAGCCUCUACCGAUCACAUCGGUCAGGCCUCCGGUGGGAGAAUCAUGCUUUAAGUCGAGCUUGAUGGGAUCAUUUGUUCCCCUUGGUGGGUUUUUUUCAUCUCCUGAAGUCAAAGGUCCAUUCGGCAGCUCAUAUCAAUGUGUCACUCCCUGUAGCAUGAGCAAUGAAAAAAUCGUGGAAGAAAUUUCAAGUAGAGGAUGCAUGACUUUAAUGGCUGAUAAAUGUGGAUCAAAUGAUACACUUGAUAACAUAAAGGCUAAAGGUGGGAAAGUGCUGUUAAGUGCUCCAGUAGCAGUUUUGCAGAAAAAGCAUUGCAAUUUAUGUCAAUGUCAGAACCAUACUCAACCAUCAUCCAAGCCAGAAGUUUGUCAAGAAUCUUCUCAACUUCCAACUGAUGUAGGCUUCCAUAGUCCUGACGAAAAGGUCAUAAAAGUUGACAAUGAGAGCAGUUGCACUACCAGCGGGUCUUGCAAGGAAUGUGAUUAUGGACAGAUCAAUUCAUGCACCUCCAUGGAUGUACAGAAACAUUCGUUGUCUUCAUCAAGCAAGUCAGUUCUUUUAAGGUCACUAAAGAGUGGUAUUUUCCCUACUAAACUAUCAGAAAGUCCUCCAAGAACAGGGCAUCCUGUUGAUGUUGGCUCUUCUCCUUACAGUUUCUGCAUAUCAGGUGUGGAUGAUGGUCAAACAUCUCCCUCAUCUGUUGUUUCGGUAGCCACAGAUUUGGGGUUGGGAUUGUUUCCUCAAGCUUCGAAGCAACAAAAGAAAGCAGAUGAGCGGCCUGAGAAUAAUUCUAAGGCACUUUUUAAAACUCUUUUUGAAAGGGUUGGUCGGCAAUGUGAAGCUCUCAGAAUGAUCAGCCAGAUAGUCUCUCAUUCCUGGACAGUUAGUGGAAGCCACCAAAAAUCUGGUAUCAGAGGAGAUAUUUGGCUAAACUUUAGUGGACCUGACAUUUUUGCCAAGAGAAAAACUGCUGUGGCCCUUGCUGAGAUUUUAUAUGGAAGCAAGAAGAGCUUCAUCCAUGUAGAUUUAAGCUCUAGAGAUAUGAUAUUCUGCCAAGGGUCUGAGGCAAGGUCUCGAGGCAAGACUAUAGUUGAUUACAUUGCUGAGGAGUUGCGGAAGACACCAUCCUGUGUUGUUCUCUUUGAAAAUGUCCACUCUGCGGACCCAGUACUUCAAUGCAGCUUGUUGCAGGCCAUGAAAGAUGGUAAAUUUUCAGACUCAUACGGGAGGGAAGUUGCUACUAACAAUAGAAUCUUCGUUUUAACUUCGAUUUCUAAAGAGAAAAGCUCCACACUCCCUUUGAGGGGGAAGCCGUCAAACUUUCCGGAGGAGAGAAUUGGAAGGGCAAAAGGCUGGCCACUUCAAAUUGUAGUUAAAGGUAUUUCACAUGAAACAGGAGAUAAGUUGGCCUGUGAAACCUUCUUAAACAAGAGGAAGCUCAAUGGAACAGAUGUAAAAACUGACCAAUUUAUUUGUAUGGAAGUCAAACGACCUCACAGGAGAUCUAUUAUGUCCCUUGACUUGAACCUUCCAGCUGAAACUAGUGAAGUUAAUGACACCAACAUUGAAGAAAACGAUGCUGCAGGGUGUUUGUCUGAAAGAUCUGAUUCUUGGUUGGAGGAUUUCUCAGGCCAGUUAAGUAAGAUUUUGGUCAAAUUAGAAUUUAACCCUUUUGAUUAUGAUACAUUGGCUACAAAAAUAUCUAAAAUGAUUCAUGCAAGCUUCAAUGAAGUAAUCAAGUCGAAGUGCUUGCUGGAGAUUGAGCCUAAAGUCAUGGAUCAGAUAAUCGCAGCUGCCUGCUUAUGUGACAGUGAUAAAGAGGUUGAGGAUUGGAUUGGCCGGGUUCUUAGCAAAGGGUUUGUUGAAGCUCAAAGUAGAUAUCAACCGACUGGUCAUUCUAUUGUUAUGAUUGCUGCCUGUGAGGUGCUGUAUGUAGAACAGCAGGUACAAGAAGCUUGCCUUCCCUCGAAAAUAAUUUUGACUUGAAACAACUUUAGGAAUACUGGUACCGUUAUGCUAAAAUAGUACGUAGUAUAAUGUAUAGAUUGUAGACUUGUAGUUCUUAGUAUAUAUCUUGUAUAAUACCUUAGUAUAUAACUAUAUGUUCGUAUAGCUUUGUGUUUUCACACGCUAUACUAAUGCAUUUUAUAUGUAAUAUAUGAAGUACGAAGUAUAAUAUAGUACAGUAUGUAGUAACAAGUUUAGUUAUGCACUAAGCUGUAUAUCUUUUUUCAAUGGACUGUUGUAUUAUACGUAGGUUUCUAUAAUACGCAUAGAUAAAACAUUGAUCUUUUACAUGCUGAUAUUAGGCCCAAUGUUGAAUUGAAACUUGAGAAGUUGUGAAUCUGUAUA